CUCAAAAAUGUCACAAACUAAACACCACGCGCUACAUAAGCGCGUGACUUUUAACCCAUAGACCAUAGUAGCAUAAUUGUUCAUAAUUUACCAUAAACAAAUCUCACAGUACUUUUUCUUUUUCAUUCUCAAGUCAAAGUGUUAUCUUAGUGUUUGAGUUUUCAGCAAUGGCAAAAGUAGAAGAUGAACCGACAUCAUCGAUUCAACAACAACCUUCAUCGUACAUAUUGUUGUUGAAUAUCAUGAGCAAAAGAAGAACAUGGGCAUGUCUUUUUUUCCUUGUUUACGGCACCCUUUUAGCAUCUUCAUGGAAUUUUCUCAAAACAAUGCUUUCUUGGUACAAUUCACAAGCUGAAUCAUCAACCUCUGGUUGGCCAGCACUCUACGCAUCUGUUCUUCUAGGAACUGUUUUUGGGUUGCUUUCUAUGGUUGCUGCUUUGGUUGUUAUGGUUCCUGCGGUUUUGGUGACGUGGAUAACCGUUGUUGUUUUGUUGGCUUUUUUUGGGAAGCCUAGGAGGGUUUUGGUUGUUGAAGGGAGGAAGAUUACUGGUGAAAUUUUUAGUUUUGUUGUUAAGAUUUUGUUGACAGAAGGGAAUGUUGUUGCUGCUGUUUGUGCUGUUUUGGGGUAUUUUGUUUUGGUUAGAAGGAACAGUGAAUGAUUUGGGUUUGAUUUGGUGUUGUUUGUUCAGUUGUUGGUUUCGAUUUUGAUGAGAUAUUGGUAGAUAGGGUUUGCAAAUCAUGCUAUAGCUGGUUGGUGUGAUUUGGUAAAGUGUCUUAAUUUAUCUGUUUUUUGUAUUUGUUUUUGUGACAUAGUGUAGAAUGAAAUUACAUAGUUGAAAUCAAACUUGAAAAUGUUGUUUAGAUGCUAAUCUGGUUUAUGAUUAUGGUUAAUCCAAGGGUUUUAGAUUCA